AUGAACAGAACACAACACAAAAAGCCUAGAACAGAUUACAGCAAAGAAAGAGUCUUUAGCUUUGCAAAAGCAGAAAAUAAUCAAAGCGAAACUACUAAAAAUGACAGUCAGAAAAAAAACACAAUGAACAAACUUAACAGCAUGUCAGAAUUAAAAGCUGAGGAACAUAUAGCAGGCUGGGCCAGUCACAUAGAAAAAAAAAUAGAAAUAGAAGCCAAAGAUACAAAAAAAUUCAACAAUAAACAGGACAACAAAUAUGCAACAGAGAAAAACAAACAAAAACAUGAAAAUGUCAGUAGCAACAAACAUAUGUUGAGCAACAACAAACAAGAACACAUGAAUACAGAGAAUGUUAUGCCACAUGAACAAAACAGUGUUGACCAAUCAUCAAACACAACAAUAAAUGAACAGGAUGAAAUAACCAUAAGCCCAAACAACCCCUAUAUGGAGGGACCAAAAGAAAAGGUUGCUCAAGAACUAACAAAAUCAGAACCAACUUUUAGCACAAACAAUCCAUAUGCUAAAAAACCAGAAGAAAAUACACAAGCAAAUGAGGAACAAGAUAAAUUAAUGCCAAUUUCUGAACACCCCUCAGACACAGAAGAAGAAAUGUCAAUGGAAUCAGAAACUGAGCAGCUAAACAAUUCCACAAAGAAAGAUGAAACUUCAAACACCAACUGGAAAACAGAAGCACUUAACAGCACAACAGCUCAUUACCUACUUGAAAAAAGUCUCAAAGAAACUCUAUUUACAACAGCUCGCAAAGCCAAUUGCCAGUCAGAAAUCGACCUUAAGGCACUCAAGCCUGGUGUAGCACCUAUCUUUAACAUAUAA